UUCAUUGAUAAUUGCAAUUACGAUGAGUUAGUUUGUACGAUUAUAAAUCAAUUAGGCGUGGAUACUGUUAGGAAAACUAUUUCAAUAAAAUAUACUGUUGAAGGCGAUUUUCAACCAAUUGAAAUACACAACGAUAUGGGAGUUCGUGUGUACGUUGAGCUUAAGAGAGAAAACGGAGUUUUGGGGAUGUAUCCGAUGUGCGUUAGUAUUCAUGAUUUGGAUGUUGAGGAUUGUGCAACCGGUAAUCGUAUUAUUGGAGAUGAUGUCGCAAAUUGGAUAUAGCGAGAAUCGGGAUGAUAUGAAAGUUUGUGAUUCUACCGUAAACACCGUUGUUUUGUUUGGGAAUGAUAACAAUUUGAUAAUUUCGAAACCGGAAGCGAAAGGAGUUUUUGUCGAUCAAAUUUACCAGGAUAAGGAAACUUUGAAAAUUGCGAUGACGAAAUACGCAAUUCGUGAAAGAUUCAAUUUCAAAACAGAGAGAUCGAAUGCUAUAAGCUACACUCUGGCAUGCUGGUCGCCAGAAUGUAAAUGGAAAUUCAGAGCGUCGAGAAUUGGGGAUUCUGAAAUGUUCAGGGUUAGAGCUUUCGAUGACGAACAUACAUGUCCGUUGAAGGACAAGGUGUAUUCACAAAGGCAGGCAACAAGUUGGUUUAUUGGAGAAGCGGUUGUGAAGGCGAAAAUAACUAACCAUAAAAGGAAGGUCACACCUGGGGAUAUAAUAGAUGAUGUUAAGAAUGAAUUCGGCGUAGAUGUUUCUUAUAUGAUGGCAUGGAGAGCUAGAGAGAAGGCUAUAAAAGAUUUCAGAGCACUCAAAGCAUUCAUAAAGGGAUUCGAGUGUUGUAGACCAAUAGUCAGUAGUGAUGGUGCACACCUUAAAUCAACGUAUAAUGGUACAUUUGUGUCGGCAAGUACUUGA